CACUCUGGAUGCUGCCAGGCGACACAUCGGUUACACCAUUGGCUCUGACCUCAACGAAUCUAAUCGCGCCGUCCACGUGCCUAUCGAGCUCACUCAGGAGGAAAAGAACCAGCAGCUCAUGAAUCUCUUUGGCGAGCGUUCCAGCCUCGAAGAUAUGGAGCGUGCUAUCGCUGGCCUGGAGGCUCGUGCCACUAGCCAGAAAGACAGGAACGCAGCUCUUGAGGCAGCAUAUGGCGACAGGAGCAGCAUCAAGGAUCUUGAGAGGGCCAUGCAGAUCUACGAAGUCCAAUGAUUACAUUAAGAAAGGUGUAUGAAUAAAGCUGAAGAAACCACCGCGCCGCUUCUGAUGGAAGAGUACGGCGCACCGAAGGGAGAGGGAAACCACAGUGCGCGCAAGAUGCUGCAGGUCACACCGCAAGGGCGUGAGAAGACCGUCGCAAUAAUCUUCAAGACGCUCGAUACCAAUCCCUCGAGAAGUGAAGGAGGAAAGAGAUAUGCGAUUCGCAUCAGAACAGGGGUAGGGCGCAGUGUGAAGGACAGUCUGUCUAGGAGAAAGCUACAGAGUCACGAAAUACAUCAGUUUAGCAUAGCGAAACAUAUCGUUUGUUCAAUAACAAACACGACAGAAAUCGUUUUCACUUCUUUGUGUGGUUUUCUGCGCUCCUCUCAUCUCUCUACUACGAAUGGUUAUCCGCAUUAUCUUGGAUUUUCCGCUUCGCCCCUGACCUUAUACAGAGUAGGUAAGUUGCUUCCCUGGCAGAGGUGGUCUGUCCUCUCAGCCAAUGUCCGUUGCACAAGCCGACAACACCCGAACUCGCCCGGCGGCCGCGCGACACAGCACCAACAGAGCCACAUGCCUGUGCCCUGGCAUUUGAGCCUCCACAUGCCGAAAACCUCCGUCAUUGUACUUCAGGGUGAAUUUGGACCGGAAAAUUCGCAGAAUGGUUGAGUGAGUAGAAUUGUUGUCGGUACACUGAGUUCCCGCAAGAGAUUGCAAUAUGAGCGUGCUCUGCAUUUCUCCGGAGCGCAAUUAACUGCUGGGCGUCGACUUUUGUCGAACAUUGCGUUAUUCGACACUUGUCUGUAGGCGGUAGGAUGUGCACCUUGCCAAUCGUUUUCCCAUCUC